GCUGUCAAAAGCCGAAAGCCGAGUCACUUUCCAACACUCCUCCUGAAAGCAGGCCCGGCGUUUUGCUAUCCGAAUUUUUUGCCUAGCAACUUAUUUUAGCUCCAUAAACAACUAAAGUACAAAAUGGCCGAGACCGAGAAAAUUGAGGUUCGCGACGUAACGCGCAUUGAGCGCAUUGGCGCCCAUUCGCAUAUCCGCGGAUUGGGAUUGGACGAUGUGCUUGAAGCGCGCCUGGUUUCCCAGGGCAUGGUGGGCCAGAAGGACGCCCGUCGUGCAGCUGGAGUGGUGGUACAGAUGGUGCGCGAAGGCAAAAUCGCCGGCAGAUGCAUUCUGCUGGCCGGAGAGCCGAGCACCGGCAAAACCGCCAUCGCCGUUGGAAUGGCCCAGGCUCUGGGCACAGAAACACCGUUCACUAGCAUGUCCGGAUCGGAGAUAUAUUCGCUCGAGAUGAGCAAGACCGAGGCCCUGUCACAGGCGCUGCGCAAGAGCAUUGGCGUUCGCAUCAAGGAGGAGACCGAGAUCAUCGAGGGCGAAGUGGUGGAGAUCCAAAUCGAACGCCCUGCCACGGGAACUGGACAGAAAGUGGGCAAGGUCACCCUGAAGACCACCGAGAUGGAGACUAACUACGAUCUAGGCAACAAGAUCAUCGAGUGCUUCAUGAAGGAGAAGAUCCAGGCGGGCGAUGUGAUCACCAUCGACAAGGCCUCCGGAAAGGUAAACAAGCUGGGGCGCAGCUUCACCAGAGCCAGGGACUACGAUGCCACUGGAGCCCAGACCAGAUUCGUCCAGUGCCCCGAGGGGGAGCUCCAGAAGCGCAAGGAGGUGGUCCACACCGUGACCCUGCACGAGAUCGAUGUGAUCAAUAGUCGCACCCACGGCUUUCUGGCUCUGUUUUCCGGCGACACUGGCGAAAUCAAGCAGGAAGUGCGCGACCAAAUCAACAACAAGGUCCUCGAGUGGCGUGAGGAGGGCAAGGCCGAGAUCAACCCGGGCGUACUCUUCAUUGACGAGGUGCACAUGCUGGACAUUGAGUGCUUCUCCUUCCUUAACCGCGCCUUGGAAUCGGACAUGGCCCCCGUGGUGGUGAUGGCCACCAAUCGCGGCAUCACUCGCAUCAGGGGCACCAACUACCGCAGUCCGCAUGGCAUCCCCAUCGAUCUGCUCGACCGCAUGAUCAUUAUUCGCACGGUUCCGUAUUCCGACAAGGAGGUCAAGGAGAUCCUUAAGAUCCGCUGCGAGGAGGAGGACUGCGUCAUGCACCCGGACGCCCUGAUCAUUCUAACACGCAUUGCCACCGACACGAGUCUGCGCUACGCCAUCCAGCUCAUCACUACAGCCAAUUUAGUUUGCCGCCGUCGCAAGGCCACCGAGGUCAAUACUGAGGAUGUGAAGAAGGUCUACUCGCUGUUCCUAGACGAGAACCGUUCGAGCAAGAUCCUGAAGGAGUACCAGGACGACUACAUGUUCAGCGAGAUCACCGAGGAGCUGGAGCAGGAUCCCGCUUCUGGUGGCGGGGCAAAGCGUCGUGCGGAGACCGGUGGCGGUGAUGCACAGCCCAUGGAGCACUAGAGCCUUGAUCGGCAGAUCAGCAACCUCCCAGUACAUUCUCAUGACUACUUUAUGAUCAAUAAAUAAGUUUCCUUGUAUCUACGAUUAACA